UAAUUUGAGUUUUCUUUUCUUUUUUUCGCCAAUUUACAAGAUUGUUAAAAGUUUAAAAUACUCCAGUUCCAGCAGUGUGUGAAAGCUAAAGCAGAUACCUGCGGUUAAAUAACAAAGGGACGUAACAGAAGGAGAGCUAAAUGUGGAAAGUCGGACAGUAAAAAUGAGCAACCCCGAAGAACCCAAAGUGACAACAGCUCCUCACAUAGUCAAAGAAGAGCUCAUUGCAGCAGGGAAAUGGGUGAAGCUGGAGAAAACCACAUAUGUGGACCCUGCUGGAAACACCAGAACCUGGGAGACUGUGAAAAGGACAACAAGGCAGGCCAACACUGAAGCAGAUGGUGUGGGAAUCAUCGCCCUGCUGAAACGGACGCUGCAUAAGGACUGCGUAGUGAUGGUGAAGCAGUUCCGUCCCCCUCUGGGAUGCUGCACUCUGGAGUUCCCUGCAGGACUGAUCGAUGAAGGGGAAACUGCUGAGGUGGCUGCACUGAGGGAGCUGAAGGAAGAAACUGGUUACACAGGGGAAGUAGUAGGAGUCACUCCAGUGACCUGUCUGGACCCCGGUCUGUCUAACUGCACCAUCCAGACUAUCCUGGUCAACAUCAACGGUGAUGAUGUGGAGAAUAUUAACCCGACACAGCAGCUGGGUGAUGGAGAGUUUGUCGAAGUUAUUCUUUUACCGCUCGACGAAUUCCAGAAGAAAAUAGACGAUCUGUUGCAGAGAGAAAAAAUAAUGGUGGAUGCCAGAGUGUACGUCUUUGCCAUGGGGAUGGCUCAGGCCUUCUUUAAGCCGAGGGAGCUGCCUGUGCUCAAGCAAUAAGGAAAUCAUUCAGGAUGAAGACGAGAGGAAGAAAUAGUCUUUUCUGUUACACGGGGCUGCUGCACACGAGCACGGCAGUAUUUAAAAAUGGGGACUUUCAAAUUGUGAAAUCAUAUUUGUGAUUUUUGUGACGUAGUGAAGUCCCAGACACGAUAGAGCUGUGUGUUAAAAUCAUUCUCAACACAAAAAUCUUGAAGUUGAAGGAGCCCUGUUUACACUACGUGUACUGGACCAGGUUUUGCUCUCAGUAUGGAGAUGCCACCAUACAUCUCAGCAGUUGUUUGGGUUUUAGGGUGAUAUAUAUAGUAAUUUCCAAGAUUUUACAGGAUUAUAAGUAGUUUGACUUCAUGCGUUUUUUUUGUAGGUUUUAUUUGCUGAUUUGAAAACAUUCCCUUAUAUGUGCUAACAUACUGUUUGACUUAACAAGAAAAGUCCACCUCAACCCACUUACCUGUUUAAGAACUGGCUGUGAGUGAAGCUUAUGUGCACAUUGUUUCUCCACCAACCCAAAGCUGAAUCAUUCCAGCUCACAUCUCCUUUGGAAUUUUCUUUUAUGGCAUUCUGGAAAAUUUUUAAUAAAGGAGAAGAGCCAUUAGUCACAAAAUAACUGAUAACAGUAACACAUUUUAAGCGUAUAAGAGGGGAUUUAUCUCAUAACUUCACUGUAAUUACAACAAAUGUACUAUAUUGAUUUGUGCCUCAGACCUCGAUGUGGUCCAGUAAACUGGAGGUUGAUGCUGUGCUUACCUUAGCAACUAGAAAUUACUUACCAAUUAAUAAAUAUAUUAC